AUGGAGCCUUGUCUUUGCGGUCUUCUCGUCAUCUCCAUCUCACUCUUCUUCCUCUUCACUUACUCAUCUCCGUCUGGUUUACCCAUCGGAAUCCACCCACUUGAUGAAAAGUACUAUGCUUCGGAGGUGAUCAAGUGCAAGGACGGAUCUAAUUCCUUCACCAGGGCCCGUAUCAACGACAAUUUCUGCGACUGCCUAGAUGGCACCGAUGAACCUGGAACUUCAGCCUGUCCAAUGGGCAAAUUUUAUUGUAAGAAUAUGGGAAGUAUGCCUCAGUUUCUGUUUUCUUCUCGCGUGAAUGAUCAUAUUUGUGAUUGCUGUGAUGGAAGUGAUGAGUAUGAUGGCAGCAUCAUUUGUUCCAAUACCUGUGUCAUGGGUGGGAAUGUUGAGUACAAGGGAAUAAGUUAUGGUUCAACAAUCCGGGAUUUGGGUUUUAUUGAUGCAAAAGGAACUAAGACGGAGGUUAAUGCAGAUGAAUCAAUUCAGAAACUGAAAGGUUUGAAGGUGGUGAUUAUCCUACAAGUGGUUCUUAUCAUCAUUGUUGUGGCUUUCCGGGUAUUUUAUCGGCGUUUUGCAUUGUACUGCUCAUACUCCUCAGAAACAAUGAUUACAGCAACGAAGUUUUGUACAUCUCUUCGUCCUUUUCAUUGCUUGUUCCUCCAUUCUUCGUACAUUCACUCUUUCUGUUCCUCACAGACGCUUGAAGAAUCCAUCAAAGCUGCAGUUGAAGCCAAGUUUUACCGGCAUGUUCCUGACCUUCUCAUUGCCGUGAGAGAAUCGGCCCAAAAUCCAAAUCCCUUCUCAUUCCUCUCCACAUUCUCCCAAACCCUUAGAACCCAAAUUGUCGAUGAAAUUUUACAGUCUUUUAUCCCUCUGAGACCCCGUUCUCGCCCUGAGGUUGCCUAUUCGUACCUCCUUUCUUACAUUCUCCAAAGUUCCAAUCCUCUUCCUCUUGCUCUCGCCAUUCUUCAGCGCACUCUUCGGUCAGGUUGUGUCCCUAUCCCUCAAACUCACCUUCUUCUUUCCACUGCAUGGCUUGAAAGCCGACAUCAAUGUCAGUCUGUCUCAAGUAUUCUGUUAGAGAUGCAGUCAAUUGGUUAUCGUGCUGACUGUGGCACUUGCAACUACCUUAUUUUGUCACUCUGUAAGGUUGAUCAGUUGAAGGAGGCUGUUAAAGUCUUAAAGGGCAUGGGUGCGGCAGGAUGCCUUCCGGAUUUGGAUAGUUAUGACGCUGUAAUUGGUGCAAUGUGUGAACUAAGGAGGACUGCUAAUGUUGUAGCGAUGAUGAAGGACAUGGUGGCAAAAUUUGGUUUGAACCCAAGGCAGGAGAUGGUGUUGAAAGUGGUAGCAGCAAUGCGGGCAAAUAGGGAGAUAUGGGGAGCAGUUGAGAUGAUUGAGUUUUUGGAGACGGAGGGUAUACACGUGGGGUUUGAGAGCUAUGAAUCUGUCGUUGAGGGUUGCUUAGAGUGUAGCGAGUUUGUUUUAGCAGGCAAGGUCGUGAUGGGAAUGACAGAGAGGGGGUUUAUACCAUAUAUUAGGGUGAGACAGAAGGUGAUUGAGGGACUGGCUACUGCUGGUGAAUUGGAGCUUGCCCAUGCUGUGAGGAAGAGAUUUGCAGAACUGAAAACUUAG